UGGCAACUGAGAGAGGUCGUUUCUCAUGGAAGAGUUUGUUUGGAGAAAAUAAAGAGCCCUGGGUAAGUAAAUGACAUUUUUUUAUUUUACAUACUAUUCAAACAUUAAUAUGAACAAACUCAUUUUAACUCCAAAUUGAUUUUUAGAAAAUGUUAUAUAUCCUAUAAACAGUGAGGCUUAUACAUAUUUAACUGAGCAUUUCACUUAAAGGCCUUGCCUAAUUAUUCUAACCAGUGAAAACCAGGUAAUCAAAUAUUAUUAUUUUUUUUUCAAAGCUAUUCUCCUGUUACAUGCCAACAGGGUAUGAGUUUGCAUCCCAGCAAGUCAUCUAUGUAUCAUCAUGAAACUUGAUGUGUGUCUUCAGACCAGGCCAUGAAUGUAGAAAAAAUAACAAAAACUGCGCCAUCUUGUGGUUUUCCUCAUAUCGUUUACAGUUCAGUUCUUUUUCCCCCAAUAAUUUUCUGGAGUAUUCUAAAGUAAAAGCCAUUUGGAUGAACACAAAAGCUGUUUUAUUUUUCUAAUUCUCCUAAAUUUUUAAUGUUAUGUUGUUUUAUUAAUUAAUUAUAUUUUUUGUCUCUCAAAUGCUGAUUGAACCCAAGGUUUCAAAAAAUAGAGUAUUUCUAAUAUAAAUAUACAAACUCUAAUUAACAAGGUGGGGUAAAGCAUAUCAAGGCAAUCAGGAUUUACACAAUAAUAAAUAUCCUCAAGGCACUGCAAUAAAUAUAAAUGUCCUUUUGUAGAGGAAAAGCAUGAACUAACCCAGAAUAAGAGAGUGCGACCUCUGCUGAUGGGAAGAGGAAACAUCCACUUAUUCACAGAGCUAUUACACUUAGGGAUUAUUUCUGUUUAUGUGAUGUCCUUUUUGUUCACAAGUCCAGAUGAAUUUGAUUGAUGACAUAAGCCACUUAUUCUGAUUUUCUAGUUUUAGACAAACUCAAUUAUAAUCUAACUAUAUUCUUAGAUGAAGAAACACUGUUACAGCCUGUUAUAGACUUUAUUUAAUUGAGAUUAUCUUGGACAGUGUGAAAACCACAGGGUGUGUAAUUUGUUCCCACAGGGUGCAUCUGCAUUAAGGACUAAGUCAAAUUUAAAGUUUAAGCUGAUUUUAUCUGGAAAAACACUGAAUUCCCACAAGGACUUCAUAACUCGUCUUAACCAAAGAGUUCACCUGAAGGAGGUGAAUACAGAGGAUGAGUGUGAUUUCAUUCUGGGUUUCUGUCCGAUUGUGUCAGGAGCUAGAACUGACAUUGAAGUAGCAAAGAAACGUCUACACAAUUUUUCAGACACCAAACCUGUAGUCCUGGUGGUGCUCCAUCACACUUUUAAUACAGAGUGUGUUGUUCCAGACAGCAUCAAAUGUGUAAACAGAAAGAAUAUGAUCGCAGUCGACUGUCUGUUCUAUGAAGAUACAGGAUUACUGCAGUGUCUGAAGAAUAAUGACUCACUGGACAAAACUUCACAAUAUCUGAAGGAAUAUAUAAACUGUAAAAACAUGGAAAGGCAAAAGGAAGGUGAAAGGUCAGGACCCAGAAACAGUACAAGUUGCAUUGAAAAGGAAGUUACAGGACUUGAAGGUACAAAUAUGAAACCAGAUCAAACAACUAAUGAUUCAGAGGAAAGCGAAAAUUCUCAACCUGAGAGAAACCAACAACUGAACCCAGAACACAUCGACACUGACAAUGUGGAGGGCAUGGAGCAAAGAAAUGAGAGUCAGGAAAAAAUAAUGAGACAGAAUUUAAAGACAAAUAAAGAACCUCUGACAGAAAAUACACAAACACUUCAGGAGAAGGACAAGAUACUGGAAGAGAAGGAGAAACAGCUCAAACAGACAAGAGCUGAACUGGACAAAACAAUUAAGGCGUUAGAAGACAGUCAGAGACACGUGGAGGGGAAAUACACACAACUAGAGAAUCUGAACAAACUGCUGAAGGAGAAAGAAACACAGCUGAAGAACACAGAUAAAGAGCUGGAGACCAGUACAAAUAAACUGGACACACUGGGACAGGAGCUGCAGGACAAGCAGAGACAACUACAGGACAUGAUGAUUGUAGUGGAGCAACAGAAAUCUGAGUUAGCAGAAAAAAAACAACAGCUUGAAAACAAAGAGAGUCUUCUAACAGAAAAUACACAAACACUUCAGAAGAAGGACAAGACACUGGAAGAGAAGGAGAAACAGCUCAGUGAAGUAAGAGAAGAAUUGAGAAAAUCAAGUAUGACGUUAGAAAAGAAUCAGACACAAUUGAAGGACAAAGAGAAACAACUGGAGAGUGUGGUGAAAGAACAGGAAACCAGUACAAAUAAACUCACAGAAAGAGAUGAACAACUUCAGGAGAAAAAUAGACUUCUGACCGAAAAUACACAAACACUUCAGGAGAAAGACAAGACACUGGAAGAGAAGGAGAAACAGCUCAAACAGACAAGAGCUGAACUGGACAAAACAAUGAAGGCGUUAGAAGACAGUCAGCGAGACGUGGAGGGGAAAUACACACAACUAGAGAAUCUGAACAAACUGCUGAAGGAGAAAGAAACACAGCUGAAGAACUCAAGUAUCAAGCUGGAAACCAGUACAAUUAAAGUGGACACGCUGGGACAGGAGCUGCAGGACAAAGAGAAACAAUUGGUGAGUGUGAAGGAAGAACUAGAAACCAGUACAAAUAAACUCACAGAAAGAGAUGAACAAUUUCAGGAGAAAAACAGACUUCUGACAGAAAAUACACAAACACUUCAGAAGAAGGACAAGACACUGGAAGAGAAGGAGAAACAGCUCAGUGAAGUAAGAGAAGAAUUGAGAAAAUCAAAUAUGAUGAUAGAAAAGUAUCAGACACAAUUGAAGGACAAAGACAGACAACUGGUGAGUGUGGGGAAAGAACUGGAAACCAGUACAAAUAAACUGUACACACUGGAACAGGAGCUACAGGACAUGAUCACUGUAGUGAAGCAACAGAAAUCUGAGUUAGCAGAAAAAAAACAACAGCUUGAAGAGAAAGACAGACUUCUGGCUGAAAUUAGACAAAAACUGGAGAUGAAGGAUGAGACCCUGGAACACAAGGGCACACAUUUUUUUCAGUCUCAUUCACAGCUAAAGAAAAAAGUUAAAUGCUAUGAAGUCAUUCCUGCAAAGUUACAAGCACCUUGUGAACAGUUCACAAAAGAACUUAAAAAAAUAAGAAAAUCUAUGGAGAUGUCUACAGAGGAGAAGUGUAAAGCAAUUCUAUAUUAUGUUCCAUAUGUUUCACGAGCUGGAACUGAUAUCGAGUCUGCACUGCAAAAACUUAACAGCUUUGGAGACAAAUACAUCGCACUAGUGGUGCUCCAUCACACAUCUGAUCGAGAGCUCAUUACACCAGACAGCAGCAGAACUGUGACCAGAGAAAAGACCUUCGUUGUUGACUGUCUGUUCAGUGAGGAUGAGGGACUGCUCUCGUGCCCCAUGAAUGACGAAGCAAUAAAAAAGGUUGCAGAGUGGCUUAGGUUUGUGAAAAACGACAAACAGGAGCCUAAGAAAAAAAAAAAAGUGAAGCCAGUGAGGAAAACAAAGCAAUAACAACCGGACAGAAGAAAAAUGAGCUAAAGGAAGGGCGGCUCUUACAACAGAAUAGUACAUAUUGAAUUACUUAAAUGUCUGGGCUUUAUGUGUGCUUAUACUUUUCCUAAAACUGGCCGCUCAAAAGAUUUUUUUUGCUUUUCAAAAUAUC